AUGCCGCCCAUUCGCACCGCAAAGCAGAACAGCACUGCAACAAAGGGUGUUGACGCGUACUUCAAGAAGGUUUCUAAAGCCGAAGCCCAAGCUGAAGCAGUUGCAUACAAUGCCCCACAACCCGCCCCCGCUAUACCGAUACCAGCCCCGAAGCCAAAGGUUGCAAAAGUUAUGCGUCUGCUGCCGCCUGCAGGAAGAGGUGUAAAGGAUGCAUCUUUCAGAGAUUCUCGAUAUGAUUGGGAUGGCAAAUUCAACAAGCUAGUCGGUAUAGCGACUAAGAAAUUGGAAUUUCGCUCUUCCUUCAAGUUGACCGAUCAACACAUCGAGGACAUCCUGGCCAUGAGACCGAAGAUUUGCAGAGAUCUUACAGAGUUCAAAUUCGUGUACGGUGAUGUUAGCUACGACGCCAAUAACGGUGCCAAAGGUCUGACCGAUACCGCCGUCAUAAACUUAGCAAAACACUGUCCCAAGUUGAGGAAGAUUUACUUACCAGACACAACCAGUCUCAGCGGCGAAGCACUUCUCCGUCUCCUAGCGUCCUGCCCUGCCCUGACUUAUGUGGAGAUGACUGGAUCGAGAAUGACAGCAACACUAUUUGAAAUCUUCCAGCAGCAUCCGGAAUGGGUGCCUAAGCUCAAAACCCUACGUCUUACAGAUCCGCACCAGGACACCAAAUUCAUGAAAGCUAUGCGGGAGCUGGGAAGAGACAGGCCGAAUCUCAAAGUAGAGUUGGUGUCUACGAGCCAGGAAAAGAAUUGGGGUGACUGGGAUCUCAAGGUCUACCACACUACGUACAUGAACGGGAGGAAGGUGGGGACAUCGUAUUGA